AUCUUCUUCCUUGCCUCUUCUUCAAUACGCUAAUAUGGUAUCAAAUGUAAAUAAUCGUUCUCUGCGCAUCCAUUGAUGAUUUCUUAGGUUUUCAUCAUGGUAACCACUCAUUCUAACAUAAAAAAUUCAGAUCCUACUUCGGAUCAUCUCAUCAAUCCUUCUAAUCCUCUAUUCCUUCAUCCAAAUGAGAAUCCGACAUUGGUCCUUGUUCCGGUUCUUCUCACAGAGAAGAAUUAUCAUUUAUGGCGACAUCAAAUGCUUGCCAUGCUCGAAUCCAAGAACAAAGACAAAUUCAUCGAUGGAUCCUUUCUGUCACCCUCUAUUAACGAUCCAUUGUACGAACCUUGGAGAAGGUGCAAUCGUAUCGUUAUGGCUUGGCUUAUGAGAUCAAUGACUCCCUCAAUUGCAGAAUCUGUCAUUUACUUUGAUACAGCUGCACAAAUCUGGCAAGAUCUUUCUGAACGUUUCUCUCAUGGCAAAAUGUUUCGCAAAGCUGUCCUAAUUGAUGAAAUUCAACAAGUUCGUCAAGAGACUCGUCGUUUCCAUCCUUCUUUGAGUCUUUCCAAAUAAGAAGACGAAAGGCUUCGCCGACUGGUCUGGAACUCGACAUUCAAAAUUUUGAGUAUUAGAGUGCUCGAGGAAUGGGCUAGCAGUUUCGCGUUCCAAUUUGCCUCAUUUCUUUCAUCAUGGAAGAAGCAAAACACCCCCAGGCUGAUCUGGUUUCAAAAUUCACUUGGAGAGUAGAAAAUGUGACGAGGUUAUCAGUUAAAAAGCGUUAUUUUAGGACGUUUACGGUAAAUGAGUACAAUUGGAGAUUGAGCCUUUUUGCAAAAGGAAAUGGAGCGGAGUACCUUGACGUGAUGGAUUCAUCUAGUUUAACCGGUGGGCGGGGAAGAACAGCAAAGUUAACCCUAUCUCUUAUUAAUCAGAUGAACAGCAGAAAACCAUCAAGAAAGAGAGAGAAUAUCAACUCAAUGCAAGACUUGGUGAUUGGAUAACAGUGUUAAUUUCCCGACUUGGUGAAUUCUGUGCUAAAACUGGUGGAUAUCUCGUUGAUGACACAUGUUUGAUUGAAUUUCAAGUAUCCAUGUCUGAGCCCUCUUCUUCUCCAGCUUCAACAGAUAGAGCUCUUGAAUCUGUGGAGUCUGUGUAUGCUCGGGCUCAAUCAUUUCUCAAUUCUCUACCCAAGAAACCUCUCACUUCAUUAUCUGAUGAUGUGUCAUGUGAAAUGCAACCUUUGUUCAAAGGCCAUGCCACUUUUGCAAAAGAAAUCUUUGACAAACUAUUGUCUUACCCUUUGGAUGAUUUAGCUGACCCCAAGCGUGAAACUACAAUGAUGGAGUCCCUUUCUAUACUCAGUGACAACCUUUCUUUGUUUACCGAUGGACAGGCCAAAAAAAUUAUGGAUUUGAGAGCAAGUUUUCCACAAAUCAUGCAUGAAUGGAGAGACUCCAUUAAAGUUAAGGAAAGUAGUGAGCAAAUCUGUUCUACUUUUGAGAAGACCAAAAGUUUGCUUGAAGAUCUAGUGAAAAGGGAGGAGGAAAUCAAGAGAAAACUAAAGUAUUUAAGUGACAAAGAAGAGGAAUUGGAAGCUCAUCUGAAGGUAAUUGAAAGCAGCCGUGGACAGCUCAAGGAGGAAAGAGAAGAAGUGUCAAAGCAGACAAAGCAAGUUUGUUCUCUUGCUAUGGAGCAAGCUAGAAAAGUGGAAGCCAAAAAGAUGGAUUUGGAUAGAGCUAACAAAAAGAUGGACAAUUUGAAGUCAGAGUUUGAUGCAACAAGACAUCUCUUUAUUUGAGAAAAAGGUGGGAUGUGUCUUCCAAGUAGUGAUACAUGCCUUGUAGGAUUUUUCUGGACAAGCAAAACUUAAUGACUAGAAUGUAGUUAAAGGUAUGUUUGAGAGUUUGAAGCCUUGAAGCCAUGAGAGAGAAGGGGAGGGAAUGUGCAAGAAACUCCUGUUUUUGUGAAGUUAUGAAUUUGGAAAGAGAGAGAUCACGAGAAUUAUUAUAAUUAGAAUCGCUUAAGAUAUAUAUAUACUACUAUACUACUAAUAUUGAAUUCAAAUAGUUAAACUUGUAUUCAUUUUAAAUUAACCUAAAUUAUCAUUUAAUUUAAUCUCCUUCAAAAACCUCCAAAUUGGAGGAACUUAAAUUUGGAGGGUUAGAAAAGCCCUCCACAAUCUCUCCUCCAAUUUUUUACUCACAAACAAGAAAGGGAGAUUCAUAAGCCCUUUUAAACCUUCCCCUCCUCUCAUAAACCUAACACCCAAACAUACCCUAAGUGACUUUGGUCCAUCAUUGACCAGUUAAUUAUGCCAUUGAAGCAAACCAGCUCACUACUUGAGCCUUUAUGGAUCGUAAAGGGAGUUCAUGUCUUUUUUGUUGUGAAAUAUUG